GCAAAGGCGCUCCUUCCUUUCCCCUCCGCAGAUCAGAACAAAGAGGCUGCAGCUGGCUGUCAAAAUGCAGUAUUCCCAUCACUGUGAGCACCUUCUAGAGAGGCUGAACAAGCAGCGAGAAGCUGGCUUCCUGUGUGACUGCACGGUGGUGAUCGGGGAAUGCCAGUUCAAGGCGCACAGGAACGUGCUGGCCUCCUUCAGCGAAUACUUUGGUGCAUUUUACAGAGAUGCAUCUGACAACAACGUCGUGUUGGACCAGACUCAAGUCAAAGCUGAUGGAUUCCAAAAACUCCUGGAGUUUAUUUACACAGGAAAAUUAAACCUUGACAGCUGGAACGUCAAAGAAAUCCACCAGGCUGCCGACUAUCUCAAAGUAGAAGAAGUGGUCACAAAAUGCAAAAUCAAGAUGGAAGACUUUGCUUUUAUUGCUAAUCCCUCUUCCAUGGAGACAUCCAGCAUCACUGGGAAUGUUGAACUGAACCAACAGACUUGCCUUCUGACUCUUCGAGAUUACAACAGCCGGGAGAAAGCAGACACUGCUGCUGCAGAGUUGGUUCAACCGCAGGCAAAGAAAGCAGCUCUAGAAAAGAAAUCUCCUCAACCAAAGAAGCGAAAGAAGAACUUCAACUCCCCCAAAAGCAUACAGAAUAAAUCUGUGCAGUAUCAGAAUGACGUGGCCGAGAACACAUCCAUUGAAAUGUUUUUGGAUGCAAACAAGCUGGCCACCCAGAUCACGGAGCAGGCUGCCCAGGGCAGUGACAACUCUGAGCUACAGCUGGCGUCUGUGGUGGAAAGCGAAACGCUGGCAGCACAAGAUAUCCUGGUCCAGACUAUUGCAGCGAAACAGAAGAGGGGCAAGCCCCAGCAGAGCUGUGCACUGAAGGAGCACUGCAUGUCUAACAUAGCCAGUGAAAAGAAUGCUUACCAGCUGGAGAGCUCAGCCGAAGAACUGGACCAGAAGUACUCCAAAGCUAAGCCAGUGUGCAACACCUGUGGAAAGGUCUUCUCAGAAGCGAGUAGCCUCCGUCGACACAUGAGAAUACACAAAGGAGUGAAACCCUACGUGUGUCAGCUUUGUGGGAAGGCCUUCACCCAGUGCAAUCAGUUGAAAACACAUGUAAGGACUCACACAGGGGAGAAGCCAUACAAAUGUGAACUCUGUGACAAAGGCUUUGCUCAGAAGUGCCAGUUGGUGUUCCACAGUCGGAUGCACCAUGGAGAGGAGAAACCAUACAAGUGUGAUGUCUGCAACCUGCAGUUCGCAACGUCAAGCAAUCUGAAGAUCCAUGCCAGGAAGCACAGUGGGGAGAAGCCCUACGUGUGUGACCGGUGCGGGCAGCGCUUCGCCCAGGCCAGCACGCUCACCUACCACGUGCGCCGCCACACCGGGGAGAAGCCCUACGUGUGUGACAGCUGCGGAAAAGCCUUUGCUGUCUCCAGCUCGCUCAUCACCCAUUCCCGAAAACAUACAGGAGAGAAGCCAUAUAUCUGUGGCAUUUGUGAGAAGAGCUUUAUUUCCUCUGGAGAGCUCAAUAAACAUUUUCGGUCCCAUACAGGUGAAAGACCAUUUAUCUGUGAAAUGUGUGGAAAUUCUUACACAGAUAUAAAAAAUCUUAAGAAGCACAAAACAAAAGUUCACACAGGAUCUGAGACUCCCCCUGAUUCUAAUGCACUUGAUAAUUCUUUCAAUGAACAAGAAUCUAUCCAGAGUCAGAAGAGUCCUUUAUCAGAGUCCAUAGACGUGAAACCCUCUGAGAUGUCUUUAGCACUUCCUCUUCCCAUUGGGACUGAAGACCAUCAAAUGCUGCUUCCCGUGACAGGCAGUCAGUCUCCUUCAUCAGAAACAUUGCUAAGGUCUGCUGUGACUGGAUAUUCAGAACCUCAGUUUAUUUUCUUGCAGCAGUUGUACUGACAGUGCAGAGCUGUAGCUUGAUGGUGAACCUGCACACGCUGGGUAAGAUGAACAGGAUCAAGCAAGCAGUCACCAUUUUUUGAACUGGACUUGUUCUUUUUGUUCCUCUGUACGAAGACAUU